AGUGAAGAGUUGAAGCAACAUAACCAGGCGUAUCCCAAGGCAGGGUCAUUUAACCAGCGUGUACAUGUUUCAAAGGUUAGGGAUGACUUCAAACUGCAAGCCAUGGAAGGAGGAAAAGCCCGCAGGAGGAUUUGUGUUUACGACUGCCGCUCCGAAGAUGGGAGGAAAGUUACCAAGAAAAAGCUGGAAACGAGGGAUGUGGACUUCAGAGGCUUUCUUCAACUUUUGCACAAGGAAUUUGCAAUCCGUUCAAAUGAAACAUUUGUGUUGGUCACAACAGACAGAGUAGUCUUGGAUUUUAAAAUAUUUGAGGAGCUUCAGGAUGACAGCACCCUCCUCUUGUUGGAACAGGAGCACCAAGCUCUGGCCUCAGCGACGAAGGAGCGCAUCAACUUUACGCCUCAUUAUGAUACGCUGAUCCAGAGUGGCACAUAUGAGUACUGGGCUAGCAGGGGACAGAAACCAUUGCCAUACUCUCUUGCCGAGCUGAUCGACAACGCUCUUUCAGCCACAGCUAAAAACAAAGGAAUGAGGACGAUAGAGAUACGCAUGAUGUUUGAUGAAACUCUCGGGAAACCUGCAGUGAUCGUUUUAGAUAACGGGUGUGGAAUGACCUCUCAACAGCUCAAAAACUGGGCACGGUACAGACUCUCCAAGUUUAACAGGGAAAACGGCUCGAGUGGAAGUGAGCGUGAAGGGUAUGUUCGGCCUGAUCCUGUCCCUCGCAGUCUCAACAGUGAUAUAUCUUAUUUUGGAGUUGGAGGAAAACAGGCUAUUUUCCACAUCGGAGACUCAGGCAGGAUGAUCACUAAAGCAUAUGGCUCCCCGGAUGUUCAUGAGAUGCUUAUUUCCAAAAAAGACUUUGAGAGUAAGGAGAAGAACAAAGAGGAUGUUUUCAGCGGGAACAUUCUCAACAGGAAUCCCUGCAACUCUUCACAUUUAAAUGAGCGCUUCCUCCGUGACCUCAUCGCAGAGGAAUCUGGCAAGAAAAAGUUCACGGCCGUUGUCAUUACGGGAGUCUUUCCUGAUCACAUCGCUUUUAUCAAACAGGAUUACAAAGUGUGGACCAAACAACUUGCUCAAAUAUAUCACUACUACAUUCAUGGAGCCACUGGAAGGGACAUGAGUGACAGGUCCACAGACUCGAAUAGUCACCCUGAAAUUAAAAUCACGAUCACUUUGCGUGACAAGCCUCCCCUUGUGAUAGAUCUAAGAGAAGUGGAAAACGACAUGCAGACUCAGUACAUACAAUCGGCUGUGGACACGUUUGAGUUUAAGGCCACCACUUCAGAAGGCGGCACAGUGGAGGGCCUCAUUCGGUAUCAUCCCUUCCUGUAUGACAAGGAGACUUACCCGGAGGAACCUGACGCUGGGCAAGAGGAAGAUGAUGCUGAUAAUGAGCCGGGAGCCCAGCAUCAGAAAAUAAGGAAAAGGCCGAUAUUCGACUGUUUCUGGAACGGACGGCUCAUACCUUACACCACAGUGUCUGAGUUCGACUGGUGUGAUCAGAGUAAAGGAGCAAAGGAGCUUGCAGAGUGUUACAAUCGGAUUUCAGGGGUGCUCUUCACCGACGACAAAUUCCCAGUCAGCACCAACAAGCUCACCUUCAUGGAACUGGAGCUGAAACUGAAGCAAAAGGACACUUUCUUCACACGCAUUGUUAACGGACAGAAACAAAGAGGUCCCAUUCAGAAGGAGUUCACGCAGUGGCUAAAGAACUGUCACGAGAAGUACGACAAGCAAGUGAAGUUCCUCGACUUCAAGGAGACCAUCACACGAACAGAUGUGUCUGUCAAGAAAAUGCAGUAUCCCUGGGCGGCGUUCACCUCCAUCGAAUGGGACGGCAAAAAAUACUCAGAAGGCCAACUUGUGAAGUCUCAGAAAACACAGCCCAUUAUCUAUGGCAGCGUGGUGCGUUUCUUGCUGUAUGGACAACAUGAAGGAAAUGUCUUUGCCACAGGGGGACAGGUGGAAAUUUGUCAAGAACCCAAAGCCUUUCACAACAAGAACAAGACCAUGCUCAUUUCCAAGAUUGACAAGACCGCCACUGACGAAGCCAUCCAGAAAAACAUUGACAACGACGCAGCCAAGCUUCCAGAGAUUCUGAGAGUGAACUGGCCUGAAGGGAACCCCUGGCCACAGAAUGGCGUUCAGCCAGCUGGGGCUCAGUUAGGGCCACUCAACGUGGAAAUUCUGAACAAGAAAGGAGAGUUUAUAUCCAAGAUGCCAGCAGUGGGCCAGGGAGCCGGGAAAAGACUCAAUAUUGAGCUCAAAAUUGUUAAGCACGGUCCUAAAGGAGAUACAGAAGUCUUCCAGUGUACUGCCCUAACAGCAAAGUUUUUCUGGUUCAAAAAGAUUGACAAUCUGACCAGCCUGGGGGAGUAUACUCUGAUCCUCAGGACUCUCUUGAACGAGAACAAUGCUAACAGCUUUGGGGGCAGAGAGCUUCCGAGCUACAAACUCAACUUCACCAUCAAAGAGGGAAAGGCGGAGAGUUUUGUUUUUGGUAAAAUGAACUCCAGUCUUCGUGUGGGAAUGCCCUUCGACAUUCCUCUGCAGAUAAAAGAUGGUUAUGACCACUCAGCAGUACCUCCUCCUGAUCUCAAACCUUUACUCAAAUGCAGUGGCCUGACUAUCAGUUACGACACAACGGAGAGCAGUGGUUCGAAGUUCACCUUCAAAGGUGUCAAAGCAAGUGGAAAAAGCCUGAACCACCAACAAUCAAAGACAUAUGAUCUGAAAGUGACCCUGGUGGGCCUGACGCAAAACACAGACACUAUCAAGAUCAUUCUUCUUCCUGGGAUUCCACACUCCAUCCACGUGACACCAGAAAACAACCCAAUCAGAAUAGAGAAUGGAGACCCAGUGUUGUUUAAUGUUGAGAUCCACGAUGAGGCGGGAAACCUCACAGCUAACGCCAAACAGAUCGUUCGAUGCCAGAUUCAUGGGUGUCCGCCAUAUGCUACUGACUGCAGUAACACAGGAGCCGGACAGAUCGUGACAAAGCCCAUAAACCUGAAAAUAACCAAGGGAGAACCAAAAAAACUCAAGGUUCAAUUUGAGAUGCAUAGUCAGAAGAAAAUCGCGGCAGUCGUUAGGGAGCUGGUGGUGGUGCCGGGCAGAAGAAUCUCCCACAUGGAGAUCUGCAGCCAGGAUGAUGAAAAUCUGGUACUCACGAACAACGAAAAGAUAGUAUGGCUGGCUGGAGGCCUGAUGGAAAACCUGUUCUACAAACUGUACGAUGAGGCUGGUAGAGAGGUCGCCCCCACGCCUGAAAUAGCCUCCAAGAUAAAGGUUAACUGGACAGGAGAUGUACAUCUGGAAGAUUUGGUCCAGGGGAAGCUGCCGGACCUACAGGUGCCCAAGCAGGUGCAGAAAGAGCACUUCUUCCAGGUGUCCUACCAAGACCAGAGUGUGUUCGUGUCCUUCCACAUAGUACCACAACCUGAUGAACCAAAACGGCUGAAAGCUACUCUAGUCAAGAGCACAGUUAAGCUGGGGGAAGUAAUACCCGGAAACAUCAGCUUGGAGCUUGUGGACCAAUAUGAUAAUGUAACCAAGGCGCUUACCUCUGACUCGAAGAACCACAUGACGGUGAAAGCUGAGGGUCUGGAAGAGUCAGCCAUCACUUUCAAAUGGCAGGAGGGCAGCAGUUCUGUUCUGGUGAUGGGGGUGCAGCUCAAGUCGGGGGCUCUUGGUCCCAGAGAGAUCUGCUUCACCUACAAGAACUAUGAGGAGCGCGUCAUAGUUAAAGUGACCGCUGGAGUCCCUGCAAAGCUUAAACUACUCAGCGAGCCAGUGAAGUCUUUGCAGCUUAUGAAUGACCAAGGCAUCGAGACACCAUUUGUUGUCCAGCUGUGCGACGAGGGGGAUAACCCCUGUUCGGACCAGAGGGUUGUGGUUGAAUUGAGGUCGUCACCACAGUUACUGAAGUUGAAUUUAUCUGUUACUUCACAACCCGUGAACGUAGAAGGGAAAGCCUCUUUCACUGUUCAUAGCGUGAGCGGACCAAAGGGGUACUAUCAGCUGGUUUUCAAAGGGUCCCUCAACAACAAACCCAUACCUGGUCCCUCAGUGAAUGUCACCGUCAAUCCUGAUCCCAGCAAACCUGUGAGCCUGUCCGUGGUGUACGACCUUAAAAAGUUCCCUGCUGGAGGCGUCUUCCCAGUCUUCUCUGUGACCGUGGUGUCCGAGGAAGGAAGCCCCAUGACUACUUUCAAUCCCGCCGCUGCCUCCAUGCGGCUGUGGAAGGGAUUGCCAUCAGAUAAAACUCCAUCAGAAACGGCCACUGAGCUGAAAUGUAGUAAACCCAUGAAGAACCAGAAGAACGACCGUUUCUACUUCAGCGAUAAAGAGAUCCCAGAAGAUGUUGGAAAACACACGAUCCAGUUUUCUGUACGACUAGAAGCAACAAAGUUCCUGUACAGUGAACAGAUUAUUAUAGAUGUGGUGGCCAAUCAACCUGUCAAACUGGGAGCCGACUCUCAGCCACCCACCCCAGUUGUUUCCUACAGUAAGGUACUGGCCAACCGAACCUUGGUGGAGAAUAUGACUCUGAGGAUAAUGGAUUCUUUUGGAAACCCAGCGGGGGAACACCUUAACGGGAAUGUGGUCAUUUCUAUAAAGAACUGUAGCGGAGACAGCAACGGAACCCCCCCUCUGUUUGAAGGCUCAACCAAAAGUUUGGAAAUUAGCUUGAAAGAAGGACAGGCCCAUAUCGAUAGGCUGGCUAUCAUGGAGAACAGCCCCGGGGAAAAUGGAAGUGCAUACACCCUACUCUUCACACCAGAAGUGUUGCAGUUUCCCACCCUGGCCCCCUUUGAGCUGCCAUUCCACUUUUACAAUGAUGUAGACAACCAACGGAAAAUGUCUGAGCUGUCCAAGAAGAAAGAUGAGCUCGCUGUUGCUGUUCGUAACGAUAAGGAGUUCAUUUCCACUUUUAAGGAUCUCCUUAAGUUGAUGACCUCUCAUCACCUCGCUGCGAGUAACAAAGAGGCUGCAAUUAGAAAUGUGCUGCACACGAAGAACAUGGAAACAGCACAAACUAUUCCAGAUUUGGACAGACUCAUAAAUGAGAAGCGGGCAGAAAUUGAAAGGAUAACGACAAUACCCAGAAGAAUUUUCUCCCCCCCCGAUCACUUCAGGAGGCAGCAGGAUGUUUUGGGAAUGGUUGGCCAUCUGGCCUUUGUGCAGGAUGAUGAUGCUGCGCGGGUUAUCUCCUGGGCAAUCCAGGGUGACAUGGAGUGUAUCAUCACCAAAACAACCGCAGCAGCGAGGAGGAUCUACGACGACACCAAUGGCCAGCAGCAGGUCAUGGCCCUCGACAGUGUUUAUGUGCACCCUGGCAACAGAACGAUGCCGCACUUAAGGAAUGGCUGCCCUCUCUUUUGUCCUCCUGGAAACCCGGUCCUCGCCAGAGAAUUGCUGCUGUACGCCGACAACCCUGAGAGCUGUGAAAUGGUUUUUAAAAACAUCCUCGCAGAAACAAUUCUGAUUGAUGACCUGGACUCUGCAAACAGCUACAGAAAGAUGGUGGUGCAGAAUAAGAUGCAGUGUCCCACCAUCCUGACCAGGGAGGGGGACAGGGUCAGCGCCAAGGGCAAGUUUGGAGGCAGACAGAACAAAGCCCCACCAAUCAGCGCGUUAAAAGUGUUUGGGGCCCCCUUCCCACAGCAUUACUUUUUACUUAAGGAACACAUAGACCUGCUCACUGACCACCGCUCAGCUCUGGAUAAGAUGAACCAAGCAGCGGAGAAGCGUGACAAUCACUUAAAUAACAUGAAGUCUCCUGAAAUGAGGAAAAGGGACCAGGAAAUGGAGGGGAGAAAGAAACAGCUGGAAGAGAUCGAGAGACAGCUCGUGUCGACCCCAGCAAGACCGUUGAAACGGGCUCUCGAGAACACUGGAGAGUCGUCCGGCAUCAAUCCCAAGAGAUUAAGCAGAGAUCCACGCAUGAGAUCCACACACUCAACCUGAUAGUUUGAAAACCAACUUUGCCUUGAUGUCUUGUUGUAAUUAAGUUGGUCUUAUUGAUUCCUUUGAACAGAUUUGUUUGUUUUUUUACAAUGUUGUAUUUAACAAAAAUGAUGGCGUGACGUUUCUCUCAAAGAGCGUUUAUAUUCUACCUAUAAAACAUUUUAUUAAAGAUA